CUCAAGCAUAUGUGAUGACUGCGUAUUCCGAGUUGGUGCUCAUCUUGCGACUGACCUCCCUCGGCAGCAUGACGUGAAGCCUGUCAGCUGAUCGUGACGCCUGCAGCUGAGACCUCGAAUCAUCUCCCCACCACUGGAGCUUCAUGGAGUUUUCUGCUGCUGACGCAGUCUGGACUUGCCUUAGAAUCACCUGAGGGGAGUGCAGACCCCUCAGUCAGCAAAGAGACAGACCCUGAUCAGUGCCCAGGAGGAAAAUACAUCGCCCACCAGUUUUGUUUAGAGUGUCCCUCGGGUCAUUUUUGUCCAGGCAAUGUAUCUGCGCCUCACAGAUGUCCAGCAGGAACAUUCAAUCUCUACACAGGAAAAAGCAGUAUCAGUGAUUGCAAGCCAUGUUUUCCAGGUCUGAUCAGUUCAGAGGACAGAGUGGACUGUAGGCUGUGUCCUGCAGGGUUUUCAUGCGACCCAGACGAUGGGACGCUCUUUUUUUGCCCCCCAGGACAACAUUCUCCUGAGGGGGUCCCACAGUGUCUGACUUGCCCUGUAGACUCUGUAUGCAAUUCUGGAUUCCCUCAUAAGUGUGGGCCUGGCAAAGAGCCCAGCAUAGAUCACACUGUGUGUGACGACUGUGCCCCUGGCUUCUAUUCCACUAUAUGCACCAUCCAGUGUGUGCAAUGUCCCGCAGGAAGUUACUGUCCAGAUAAUGGUAUGUCACAGCCUCUUCCUUGUCCUCCUGGUUGGGCUUCUGCACCUGGACAGACUCUCUGCCGUAGCUGUAAUGAUACGACAUUACUGUGUGGGGGAGCUGUGCCCCCCCGCUGGAGCCAACCGGUGCAAAGAUCCAGUCAACCCAUCCCCUGUCGACCAGGAACAUACAAAGAAACCAGGGAUGAGUUGGUGUGUGUGGUCUGUCCAAUAGGUCAUUACUGUGUAGGAGGUGUAGCCCUACCUUGUCCUGCAGGCACUUAUGGCCCUAUAAAAGGUCUGCAGAGGCUGAGAGACUGCACAAUCUGUCCUGCAGGGUUUUAUUGUCUGGAAGGCAGCUCCCGGAGACCCAUCUCCCAGUUCUUGUGCCCGCCGGGCUAUUACUGUGAAGAAGGCACUGCCACCCCUCAUGGGUCACCUUGCCCUGCUGGCACAGCGGGGGGACAACUGGGUCAGACAAGUAGGGCAGCCUGUAAAAGAUGUAGAGAAGGACGCUUCUGUCCUCCAGGCUCAUCGGUUCCUGGCUUGCCCUGUGCUCGGGGGAGAUAUUGCCCUGCUGGCACCUUGGAGGAAGUGAUAUGUCCUCGAGGCACCUUCACCCCUCAUCAAGGGGCACUAAGCGUGAAGGAUUGUCUCAAAUGCCCUGCUGGUUUUUACUGUCCUGAGGGGACCAGCGACCCUGUGCCCUGUCCAGCGGGCUCCCUCAACCCCCUAGAGGGUCAGGAUGAGCUGGCUGACUGCAGAGAGUGCUACGCAGGGAAGGCCUGCACACAGGUAGCUCUUAAAGCCCCUGAUGUGGAUUGCAUGCAAGGGUUUGUGUGUCCUCCUGGUUCCUCCAAACCCAACGACCCAACCAAUGCUUGCCCACCAGGGACACUGAGCAACCGCACUGACCUCACUGACCGCUCUCAGUGUCAGCAGUGCCCCGCACGAUACGCCUGUCUUCGAGGAACUGGUGGUAUCCAGAGACCACCUCUCUCCUGUUUUGCAGGGCACUUUUGUCCCCCUGGGACUAUGUUCCCCACCCAGUACAAGUGUCCUGUGGGGACAUGGAAUAGUCACAGUGGAAUGGAAGCUGAGAUCGAAUGUCGGCCGUGCCCGCAGGGCUGGUACUGUUUGGCCGGGUCUGGAGCUCCGACAGGUCGAUGCAGCUCCGGACACUACUGUCCUGAAGGGACUGCAUAUGGCACCCAGUUUCCUUGCCCCGCGGGCACCUACAGCAUGCAAAUGGGUAACAGACACAGAGAAGACUGCCUGAUUUGUCCCGAAGGCUCGUUCUGUCAGCAGGGCACCUCCAAACCUUCACCCUGCCCACUCUCCACUUUUCGCCGCCUGAAAGGAGGUCGGAGGCUGGAGGACUGCUCUGCUUGCCCCGCUGGCUAUUUUUGUCCCCACUCAGCCACUGUCAACCCCAGAGUGUGUGGAACUGGCAGCUACUCUGACGAGGGCUCUGUGGAGUGUUCUCCGUGCCUGCAGGGCCACUACUGCAGUAAUGAGACCACCAGUGAGGAAGCCAUGUUAAGCGUCAUGGUGUGCCCCCCAGGCUUUCUCUGCUCCCAGGGUUUGGCCAGAGACCCCCAGCGCUCAGCCACCCUCUGUCCCCGAGGCUUCUAUUGUCCUGGAGGAGGCAUUGAUCCUAACCCCCUUCCUUGCCCGAGUGGUACCUACAGUGAUUUUCCAGGUCUCCGUGACCUUAGUGAGUGUGCCCAGUGUCCAGAGGGGAAGUACUGUUACUCUGAGCAGCCGGAAGAGCAGCCUAUUACCGGGCCUACAGGGAUGUGCCCUGAUGGGCACUAUUGCCCCCUAGGGACUGGCUACCCCUAUACCUACCCCUGCCAGGCUGGACAAUACAGGAACAACACACUUGGUCACAGUGGAGAGGCAUGCGUUUUAUGUCCAUCCAGGCAUUACUGUGCCAGUUUGGGAACUCACACGCCCAUCGUCUGUCUUCAGGGCUUUUACUGUCCAGAGGGCACCUCUGCUGCUGAACCGUGUCCUGAAGGAACCUACAGCUCACACUCCGCUCUCAGUGAUAGGUCCGAGUGCUCCCCUUGUGGCGGAGGCCAGUAUUGCACCGGUGGUGGCCUCACAGAAGCCUCUGGAAGCUGCAAAGAGAGCUUCUACUGUCGAGAGGGAGCCAAGUCUGCAACUCCAGUUGAUGGUCCGACAGGAGGUUUGUGUCCGGCAGGAAGUUACUGUCCUCGAGCUUCCGCCACUCCCCUCCCUUGUCCCCCCGGCACAUUCAGCAAUAGCACAGGCCUCAGCAGGCCAGAGGAGUGUGUCAGCUGUCCACCAGGUUUCUAUUGUUUAGGUCUCAACAACACCUCACCUUCAGGUCCUUGUUUUCCUGGCUACUAUUGUACCGGUGGCUCGGCUUCGCCUGUUCAGAAUGAAGCAGGAAAGGGUCAUUUUACCUCGGAGGGGGCAUUCAGGGCACAACCAUGUCCUCUUGGCACUUUUCAGAUGCAACGAGGUGCACAGUCAUGUGUGGAGUGUCAGGGAGGCAGACUGUGCAACCAGACGGCCUUGUCCCAGGCACCACUAUGUCCCACAGGAUACUACUGUCCUCCAGGGUCUUCAGUUGCUCGCCCCUGUCCUCCAGGCUCUUACUCUGACCAGCCUGGGGGCGAUGCUGUGCAGCACUGUCGGCCAUGCGAGGCAGGUUGGUUCUGCAGCAGAGCCGGUCUCUCUGGCCCUCAGGGUCUCUGUGAUCCGGGACACUACUGCACCUCUGGAGCUUCCACUGCCUCUCCAGUGGCUGUGGCCUCUGGCAGUAUGUGUCCCGUGGGCUACAUUUGUCCACGAGGGACCAAGCACCCCCAGCAGCACCCCUGCCCUGCAGGAACCUGGAGCCACACUGUUGGAGCCCAAAACCUGUCCUCCUGCAUUCCCUGCCCUCCAGGACUCUACUGCAACACUACUGGACUGAGCCAGCCCACAGGAAUCUGUGAUGCGGGUUAUUACUGUUCAGGAGGGGCCUUAUCUCAAAAGCCUUCAGGUGGCGUGAUGGGGGAAAUUUGUCCAGUUGGACAUUACUGUCCCAUGGGCUCAGCUUCCCCUGUACUCUGCCCCGAUGGAACUCACUCAAACACUACAGGAGCAGAGGUUUGCGAUGACUGUCCCACAGGGACCUACUGUCUGUCAGGAGAAGGUGUUCAGCCCUGUCCAGCAGGACACUACUGUCUUGGUGGUGGUGUUGAGGGCAUCCUGCCGUGCCCUCCCGGCACAUACAGCCCUCACUUUGGCCUCAGCCAAGUGGAGCAGUGCCUCAUUUGUCCAGCAGGGUUCUACUGUGAGGACUGGGGUCUGUUUGAACCGACUGCACCCUGUCAGGCUGGUUAUUACUGCCUAGCAGGUGUAAACUUUCCGAACCCGGAUGGCAACUUUAGCACAGGAGUAGGAGGAUCGUGUCCAAAGGGGAGGUACUGUCCUGAGGGCACCAGUCUGCCUCUGCCCUGUCCACCAGGGACCUACUCUAACGGUCUUCACCUGACAGACAUAUCUGGCUGCAGUCCAUGUCCAGCGGGUCACUUCUGUGGUACUGCAGGUCUCACUCAUCCAUCUGGACUAUGUGAGGCACGAUUCUACUGUCUUGGGGGAGAUACAAAAGCUACAGGCUCAGAUGGAGGUCUUUGCCCACUAGCUCAUUACUGCCCCGAAGGCAGUGCUGGCCCAGUGCCCUGCCCAGCUGGAACCUACGCCAACCUCACCGGCCAGUUACUGUGUUCCCGCUGCCCUGCUGGAUACUACUGUCCUGAAAAGACUGGCAACUUCACCGAGUUCUCUUGUCCCCCCGGAUUCUACUGCCCUGAUGGAACUAAGCAUGCCACCCAGUUUCCCUGCCCUCGUGGAUACUACAACCCAGAGCCCAUGACUCAGAGCCUGGACAGCUGCCUGCCUUGUCCCCCAGGACACUACUGCGAGAAGGAGAGGCUGACCAAAGUGUCUGGAAAAUGCAAGGCUGGUUGGUUCUGCGUGUCAGCAGCGUGGAACUCUCAGCCUUUUGACCUGGACAAUUACACAAACGCCAACUGUCUGUGUCCAGCCACCUCAACGGGGGGGCGCUGCCAGGUGGGCUUUUACUGCCCCUCGGGUAGCUCAGAGCCCCUUCUCUGUCCACCUGGAGCUUUCUGUAACAUCUCAGGUUUGGCUCUGCCGAUGGGCCCCUGCUCCCCUGGGUUUUACUGUGUUGGUGGAGCCACAGAGGCCAGACCAACAGAUGGAGAAACAGGCAGCAUCUGUCCACCGGGGACAUACUGUGCCGAGGGCUCAAGAGAGCCAGAGUUGUGUCCAGCUGGUACUUUCUCACCAGUGCCAGGUCGAACCAAUGAGGCUGGCUGUCAGCCCUGUGUCGCGGGUUUCUACUGUGAAGGAGCAGGUCUCAGGGGUCCGACAGGACCCUGCAGUCAAGGCUAUUGGUGCCCUCCUGGUCAGACUGUGGCCACAGCUCUGCCGUGUCCUCCUGGCCACUUCUGCCCACAGGGUAGUGCAGCCCCAGAGCCCUGCCCACCAGGAACCUACCAGGAGAGAGGGAAACAGGAAGCCUGCACUGUCUGUGAGGCGGGUUCCUACUGUGAUUCGAGACAGGGUCUUGCCAAUGUCUCUUUGCCGAAGCCAUGCCCUAAAGGUCACUACUGCCCUGCAGGUACAGCCCUGCCGAACCAACACCCCUGCCCUAUAGGCUCCUUCAACCCGAGACUGCGCUCAGACAGCUCAACGAGCUGCAUGCCAUGUGCUGGUGGACAGUACUGUCCUUUUGUGGGACUGCCAGAGCCUGCAGGACCAUGCCAUGCUGGUUACUGGUGCAGAGAGGGAGCAUCCUCUCCCAGCCCACUGGAUGGACUCUCAGGUUCCCUGUGUCCGCCUGGUCAAUACUGCCCCUCAGGCACCACGGCUCCCUUGGCCUGCCCUGAAGGAAGCUGGUCAAAUAGCUCAGGCCUGCGCAGCCGGGAGGACUGCAAACCCUGUCUGGGAGGAUUUUACUGUGACUCUGCUGGCCUCACUAAACAUAGUGGACCCUGCAGUGGGGGAUAUUACUGUGUAGAGAGAGCCGUCACAUCCACCCCUGUUGAUGGAAUUACAGGGGGACCUUGUCCUAAGGGUUACUUCUGCCCAGAGGGAACUGCUCAGCCUGUGCCCUGUGAUCCGGGGACAUACGUUGCUGUCACACAUGCUACUCAGUGUGAACCCUGUGAGCCAGGCUGGUACUGUGUGUCUGGCAAGCUGUACCUGUGCCCUGCCGGCUUUUACUGCCCAGAAGGAACUGGAUUUGACCUGAGAGGCUGUCCAGAGGGAACUUAUGGUCCUGAACCAGGCCACUGGUCCAUUUCUCAGUGCAGGCAGUGUGACGGUGGCCAUUACUGCUCUUCCAGAAAUGGCACAGCUGUCACUGGACCUUGUCAUGGAGGAUAUUACUGCUCACGUGGAAACACCUCUCCACAGCCUGCCUCACAGGAUGCAGGAGAGGGAGGGCCAUGUCCUGCAGGUCAUUACUGCCCCCAGGCCUCCAUCCAUCCUCUGCCCUGUCCACGUGGAACGUCCUCUAACCUCACAACAUUAAUCUCCCAGGAGGAUUGCCAGCCAUGUCUCCCUGGUUACUAUUGCGACACUCUGGGGCUCUCAGCGCCUUCAGGGAAAUGCUGGGAAGGUUUCUUUUGUCUGGGGGGUGCAGAUCGUCCUGACCCUCCUUUCAGAGACAGCCGUGGAGGACCUUGCCCAAAAGGUUAUUACUGCUCUGAGGGCUCUGUGACUCCUCAGCAGUGCCCCCAGGGAACCAUCAGUACUGAGGAUGGCCGAGCCAACUGCAGCACCUGUCCCCAGGGUUUUUAUUGUCCUGGCAGUAGUAAUGGCUCUUCGUCAGGGAGUAAUGAAUGUCCAGUGGGUCAUUACUGCCUGUCUGGGACCUGGUCCAAACACCAGCACCCGUGUCCACCUGGAUCCAUCAACCCCAGCACUCAGAUGGCAACACCUCAGGACUGCUUGCCCUGCCCUCCAGGCUCCUUCUGUGCUUCCCCUGGGAAGGGUGUUGUAUCAGGCCAGUGUGAUGCUGGGUACUACUGCUUCUCUGGGGCCUCGUCACCCACACCAGAGGAUGGAGGGAAGACAGGUGACAGAUGUCCUGAAGGUCAUUACUGUCCCCAGGGCUCGUCAGCACCACUGCCCUGUCCCAUUGGAUAUUACAGCAACGAGACCAGCAACGUUCAUCUCUCCAGCUGCCUGCCUUGUCCCCCAGGUUUCCUGUGUGUCACCAGAGGGCUCUCUUUCCCUUCUCAUAUCUGUCCUGCUGGAUCUUACUGUCCAGGCAGAGACAACAGUAACCAGCAGGCCUCUAUACCCUGCUCACCUGGAAACAUGUGCCCGCCUGGAACUGAUAGGCAGGUAUCCUGUUUGCCAGGUACCUACCAGGAUUUACCAGGACAGGCAGAGUGUGUUAAAUGCCCAGCAGGAUUUUACUGUCCCAUCCUAGUGGAUGCCGAAACUGGGCAUGUGUCUGGGACUCAGGCACCCAUGCUGUGUCCUAAAGGACACUAUUGCCCAGCAGGAACGCAGUCAGGUGUUGCCUUCGCGUGCCCAGCUGGUACCUUCAGCAGGCAGAUGGGGUUGUCCAAUAAGUCGGACUGUGAGCUCUGUCCUCCCGGGAAAUAUUGCAGUUCCCCUGGACUGGAUACUCCCACUGGGGUCUGCUCUCCUGGUUACCUCUGUAUCCAUGGUUCGGUUUCUGCCCAGCCAGAGGAGGGCCCAACAGGAGGCCGCUGCUCUGCAGGGUCCUACUGCCCCAAGGGCACCAGCUAUAAGGUUUCCUGCCCUGCAGGCACCUUCAGCUCCAUUGACGGGGCAGUUUCCAACGAAGCAUGUCGACCCUGUUUGCCUGGCCAUUACUGUGCCACGGUUGGCCUCUCCUCCCCAUCUGGGCCCUGUGACCCCGGCUUCUACUGCACAGGAGGAUCUGCAACAGCCUCACCUUGGGGUAAUAUCACAGGAGAUUUCACAUCUCCAUCUCCACUUACUGGCAAUUCAGACCUGGGUCAGUUCCAUGGUGAUGUGUGUCCUGCCGGCCACUUUUGUCCCAGAGGGAGUGCAAAGCCAAGCUCCUGUCCUCCAGGCACUUUCUUGGGGAAGUCUGGAGCUGAGUCAGAAGCUGACUGUGAAGCUUGUUACCCAGGAUCUUACUGCCCCUCAUGGGCUCAGAUCUCUGCUGACCUCCUCUGCCCCCGGGGCUGGUUCUGUCCUCCAGGAUCAAUGUCUGGACAUCAGCCAGGACGCCAGUGCCCACCUGGCCACGUGUGCCCACAUGGUAGUGCUGAGCCAUCCAUCUGUAGCCCUGGCACGUUCCAGGAUUCAUCUGGACAGUCGGCUUGUAACAUUUGCCCAGCGGGUUUCUACUGUACGGAGGGUUCAUCUGUGCCAACUCCGUGUCCAGCGGGCCAUGUCGGUCCAUCACCUGGCAGGACGUCCCUCAGCGACUGCUCCCCGUGCCCCCCUGGCUCCUUCUGUAACAGCAGUGCUCUGACAGAGCCGUCAGGGCUCUGCCACCCAGGGCAUUUUUGUUCCCUGGGGUCCACCGAGAUUUCUCCCAUCUCCCAGCCUUAUGGAGAUGUUUGUCCUCUGGGACACUUCUGCCCUCAGGGUAGUGGGGCACCAAAACCCUGUCCUGUUGGCAGCUAUCUCCCAGAGCCUGGAGCUUCCUCCCCAUCUCACUGCCAGCCCUGCUCCCCAGGGAAAUACUGCCUCAGUCCUGGAGCCUCGCAGCCAACAGGUCUGUGUUUUGCAGGUUUCUUCUGCUCUGGAGGGGCAGAUAGCCCCACGCCUCGAGCCAACUCCUCUCUGUUCAGCUGCCUUCAUGAAAUACUGGAGGCUUUUACCAUGAAGACAGCCACCGCCUUCUGGAUGCACAAUCUGUCCUCCUUCAAUAACUCCAGUCAUUUUGGGAGAUAUUCUACGAGGAUGGAAGUGGUAACAACGCCGCAGGCAGAUUCAGACCAUCUUGUGACUCACCCCCCGCCAUGUCUCAAGAGUCCACAUUAUCCAUGUACCUCCUACAGAGGAGACAUAUGCCCAAGGGGUUUCUAUUGUCCCUUGGGUUCUGCCUACCCCCAGCCCUGUGAGCCUGGCUUUCACUGUAACCAGACGGGUCUAGAUGCUCCAGUAGGUCCCUGUGCUGCAGGAUAUUACUGCCCGAAAGGCUCUUUAGGCCCCCAUGCCUCCCCUUGCCCCACUGGACACUAUUGCCCCCUUGGAACUCCUCUUCCUCUGCCCUGCCCUCCUGGAACCAUAACAAGUUCCCUUGGUGGAGCUACAGUUGAGGCUUGCCAGGUGUGUCCUCCAGGUCACUACUGCCACCCGAGAGGCAGAGCUGAGCCAAGUGGCCAGUGUGCAGAAGGCUAUUACUGUCCUGAGGGACAGAGCUCUGACAGACCACAACUACAUAUCUGCUCAGUGGGACAUUAUUGUGAGAAGGGCAGUGUGCGACCGACAGCAUGCCUCCCAGGCAGCUACCAGCACAGACGAGGCCAGAGCAGCUGCGAGACAUGCCCUGCUGGUUUCUAUUGUCACGAUCAAGGAAUGACCCUUCCACUUGUUUGUGAGAGAGGGUUUUAUUGUCCCGGUGCAUCAGCAAAUCAUCGUCCCUGUCCAGCAGGGACCUAUGGAAAUAUAUCAGGACUGGCUGAUGAAUGGCAGUGCUCACCAUGUGACCCUGGGCUGUACUGUAAAGAAACCGGGAGGACUUUCCCGAGUGGGCCGUGCGCUGCAGGGUUCGUAUGUUUUGGGAGAGCCUCCGUAGCUUCGCCUUCAGAUGAUCUGACUGGAUCCCCAUGCCCUCCUGGGUUCUACUGCUCUGUGGGGACCGCUGUGCCAAAACCAUGUCCAAAAGGAACAUUCAGCCAGCAGAGUGGACUUGAAGAUGAGUCUCAGUGUCGCAGCUGCAGUCCUGGCUUCUACUGUUCAGAGACCGGCCUCUCCGCAGUCUCUGGACCCUGCCUGCCCGGUUUCUACUGUCUAGAGGGAUCGCAUACUGCUACUCCUUUGUCAAGUGCAUCUGGAAGUGUUUGUCCAGCAGGCCACUACUGUGCUGAGGGCAGCCGCGUACCCUCACCCUGUCCAGCUGGCUCUUUCCGAAAUGAGACUGAAGGAAAAGGCAAAGACGACUGCAAGCCAUGCCCUCUUGGCUGGUUCCAGGAGUUAUCAGGCCAGAAAGAGUGUAAUCCCUGUCCUCCUGGGUUCCACUGCCUGAGUCACAGCCCCACCAGGGGGAGCUCCACCGGAGUGUCCAGCCCGCUGCUCUGCCCGGCUGGCUACUUCUGUCCCAGAGAGAGUCCAGACAGUCGUCCUCUCCCCUGCCCCAAAGGCACCUACAGCCCCAACCAGGGUCUCACGACCACAGGUGAGUGCCUAGUGUGUCCAGCCGGUGAGUUCUGUGGGUCCGAAGGAUCGGUUGAGCCGUCGGGGUUGUGUGCCUCUGGGUUUCUCUGUCUGAUGGGAGCCACGGUGCCCAACCCGACGGACAACAGCACUGGAUCUCUCUGUCCACCGGGGAUUUUCUGCCAAAAGGGGAAAAGAGCAGGUGAUUGCUGGGCAGGGUUUUAUUGCGGCUGGGGCUCUAGCAGAGCAGAUCAAGCUCUGUGCCCGGCUGGAUUCUUCUGCCCCAGUGGGACACCAGCCCCCAUGCAUUGCCCUGCAGGCACAUUUAGCUCUAACGAAGGGAACACACACCAGGACGACUGCACCACCUGUACCCCAGGAUCCUACUGUCAAAUUGAAGGUACUGUACAUCCUGCCCUCUGUCCCUUUGGAUACUACUGUCCUGCAGGACUGAUUUCAGGACUGGAGUUUCCUUGCCCACCUGGCACUGUGCAGAGCCGACUCGGAGCCUCCAGUCCUGAUGCCUGCCUGCCCUGCCCUGCAGGGAUGUUCUGCUCUCAGCCUGGUCGGUCCCAGCCCGCAGGACUCUGCGAAGCAGGAUACUACUGUCCUGCUGGAUCAAGCAGCCCAAACUCAACUGACCAUCAGGGGAAUUCUACUAGAAGCCAUCUCUGCCCUUCUGGCCACUACUGCCCCUCUGGCACUGGCUAUCCUCUCCCCUGCCCCACAGGCUCUCUCUCCAUCUCCCGAGGACUGAAGGAAGUUGGCGAGUGCCCACUCUGCCCCCCUGGACUGUUUUGUGACAAGCCUGCAAUAGUAAAGUUCUCUGAUGCGCUCCCAUGUCAUGCUGGGUAUGUGUGCCUGGGUGGCAGCAACAGUCCCGUCCCUUCAGAUGGUUCCCAUGGCUACUUGUGCCCUGCUGGCCAUAGCUGUCCUGUUGGCUCAACGAGGGAGUUGCCCUGUGAGCCUGGCACUUACAGUCUUGCCCCUGGAGCAGCCCACUGCACAACGUGCCCCCAGGGGACAAUGUGUUCCUCCUCAGCCACUCAAGAGCCCUCUAUCUGCCCAGCCGGUCAUUUUUGUCCCACCGGAACCGCCCUGCCUCAGCCCUGCCCUCCGGGGACUUUCAACAACCAGACAGGAGCCCACUCUCUCUCUUUAUGUACCCCCUGUUCCGCUGGAGUGUUCUGCAGCUCAUAUGGAGCAUCAGUGCCACAAGGUUCUUGUUUGCAGGGUUACUACUGCGAAGGUGGGGCCAUGGGACCUACACCACAGCGCUCUGACGACUUCCCCUUGAAUGGCCCUUGUCCUGUGGGCCACUACUGUCCAGCGGGGUGCCUCUCCCCAAUUCCAUGCCCUCUUGGCAGUAUUCGCGAGACCACCGGAGGUGUGUCCACGGACAGCUGCUCGGCCUGUCCUGCCGGUCACUAUUGCUCCACUGAAGGUUUGGCCAACCCUAGUGGCCCCUGUGCUGCUGGGUUCCACUGCCCUUUUGACUUUUCUUCAACUACUCCAUAUGCCUUCCUCUGUCCCAAGGGCCACUACUGUCCAGAAGGCUCUGCCCUGGCAUUACCUUGUCCCACAGGAGAGUACCAGCCGAACCCAGGCUCAGACAGCUGUAUCCCCUGCCGACCUGGAUUUUACUGUGAGGAGGCCAUUGUGGGGGAGCCAUGGCCCUGCCCGCCGCACUCUUUCUGCCCUGCAGGCACCAUGGUGCCUCAGCCCUGCCCCAAUGGGACAUACACUCAUCCAAACAAGGGAGGACUUCAGGAAGAGAGAGAGUGUUUACCGUGCCCUUCUGGGAAGUUCUGCAGGACUGGGAGGAUUCUGGGCCUCUGUGCCGCGGGGUAUCUGUGUGCUUCUGGGAGUGCAGAUUUCACCCCUCAGGGCCCAGUGUUUAACCUGACCCAGUGUCAGUGGGGUGUGCAGUGUGCCGGACCAUGUCCGCCAGGCUUCUAUUGUCCAGAGGGCACAGAGGGGGCUCAGUUGUGUCCUGCAAAUACUGUGAGAAGCUCACCAGGAGGUACCAGCCUACAGGACUGCUUACCCUGCCCACCUCAGUACUGGUGUAAACCUGGAGAUCCAGUUCUUCAUCUGUGUCCUGCCGGUCAUUACUGUGAUGGUCUGCCUGACGGUCACUUCAGCGGAGGACCCAAGCCAUGUCCUAUGUUUACCUAUCAAGCUACCCCUGGAGCAGGCAGCAAGGGUGACUGCGUGCCCUGCCCUCCUGGUUCGCACUGUAACAGCACAGGGCUCACAGACUACUCCAGCAGUCCCUGCCCGCCUGGUUACUGGUGCAGUGGCUCUGGCCCCCCCAUCUACUGCGCCGCAGGCACCAAGAGGCCACUUCCUGGAGCUGCUACACCCAGACAUUGUGAAACCUGUGCUGGGGGAACCUUCUGCCCGGACCCUCGGGCUACAGGGAAGCCCAAUGUCGAGGGAAUCCCUUGCAGGGCCUCUUAUCAAUGUCCCAUGGGUGCAGUCUCAGAGAGGCUGUGCAGAGCUGGCUCAUACUGUGGACCUCAGACUGCUGAGCCUCAAGUUUGUCCUGAAGGUUAUUUUUGUCCUGAGGGAUCCCACUCCUUCAAUACCCCCAAACAGCUCUGUCCUUUUCCACACUACUGCCCAGCCAACAGCUCUGCCAUCAAGUCCUGCGAAGGGGGCUCCAUGCCUGUCAACAGCAGUGGGCUCAGAGGAUCCAAAAGCAGCUGCUGUAGUGUGUGCGAGGGAGGCACUUACCGUCCUGAUCUCUCCCCAGUCCCACAAUGCCUUCCGUGUCCACCAGGAUACUUUUGUCCCCCAGGUAGUGACCACUACAAAAGAAACCCUUGCCCGUUUGGGUCCGUCUGUCCCAUGGGAUCCACUCAACCGAUACCCUGCCCCCCUGGCUCCUUUGGUAACCUCACUCAUGCUGAGAAAUUGGUUGACUGUUACCCAUGUCCCGCUGGCACCUUCAGCCACCUGCCUGCCCAGAGGGCCUGUUUUCCCUGUGGAAGCUCCUCUACCUCACCUGCCGGUUCCUCUUCUUGUACCUGUAUUGGUAAGAACCGUGCCUUCCAGCACUCUGAUGGCUCAUGUGUGUGUAGAACUGGCUUUAUCUUCUACAAUGAACUGGAUUUGAAAAGCUCCACCUCUGACAGUGAAUCGGACUGCCAGCCUGAGUUGAGCAGGCGUUGUGCCACAGGACAGGUACGCCUGGCAGCAUCCAGAGAGUGUGUGCCACCUUCCCUCCACUCCUGUAAUAUCGCCUGCGGACCACAUGGAGGAACUCUGGAUUUGGAGAUGGGAAUCUGCCAUUGUGAGCGAUAUGUGUCGGCUGAGGAACUUUGCAAUACCUCCUGCCUCUCCCGCCUGCCUCAGCUCUCUGCCCGGCUCUCACCAGACGGACACCUGCUGCUCAGCUUGAAAGAAAGAAACAGCAUUGUCUGGGCACGGACUGUAAUGGAUGUUUUAGGACCAGAUAUCCAUGCAAAGAACUUUGGGAAAAUCCAUUUGGUCCAAUUUGACUCUGAAGGAGUAUUUGGUUGGAUUCCCACGCAGACACGGCUCAUCAAUCCGUUUCUAUCAGAACCAACAGAACUCCUGAAUACAAGACCCAGAAAGAGGAGAGACACAGGUGAUGAUGAUGAUGGUGGUGGUGAUGAUGAUGAUGAUGAUGACCCGGCUGUUCUUCCUCGAAUCCCCAACCCCAUUGCUUGUUUAUCCUCCGGUGACAUGCUCAUUUUCCAUCUCACCAUCAACCACACUGACCGCCAUUUGAGUCACUUCCCAGUGUAUCAAAAAGACCACCUGUUUAAUAGUAACCCCAGCUGGGACUUUGGUGCCUUCAGACAUUUGCAGAUGCUCAUGAAACAGACAAACUUUAACUCCACAAGGUUUGCCCACGUCUUUCCAGAAACAGGCAAGUAUGUGUUUGUGGACAGUGCUGUCCCAGAGUGGAGUAUGGUGGUGGUGGUCAGUGAGGAGGGGACAGAGUGCGAUCCCAGGGCAUCAGUGUUUCAGCCAAUGUCCCCGGCACAUUUGGUCAGAUACGGGAUUGUCAAGCAGCACAGACUCAACCUUCUGCCGGACUGGGAAUUGAUAGCUGGGGUCCUGAGUCUGCUGCUGGUUGUGGUUGUAGUUCUGACUACCACAAUGCUGGUCCUGCGACCCAGCAAAGCAAGGCUCGUCUCGCAGUGGAGGAUGAAGCCAAAGUGGCGCAGUCUCGGGGAGCCCUUCUGUCCAGUGGAGUGUGUUUGCAAUGGAGACAGCAUGGCGGUCCCGAGCAUGGGGUGCGUCCUAGGCAGUCGGGGUGUAGGAGAAGGUGCAGAGGCUGAGGAACCUGCUGUUUCAAAGGGAGGAAGUCUAUCUGGGCUCUGUGAUUUAGAGGAGUUCAAUGUGAAAACUCUGUACGACAAACUGGAGGAUCAGAACCUCCACAUAGCCUCACAGCUGGCUCGACACCGCAAAGACACGCAGGAGUUCUACAGAAACAUUUGUCAACAGACUGAAACACUCAAGAAUGUCUUUGAUAAUAUGGAUCAUAAAAAACUGAGUCUCCUCAAAGAGCUUCUUGCCCAUAAUGCAAUGAGGGAUAAACUUUCUGACAGCGGAGUGGGAGAGAGAGAUGCACAAGCUGAGGCCUCUGUAGCAUUACUGGGAACUGUCCUCAGGUCUGUGGAAGCUCUGUUGUGUAGGCUGACAGGAGAAGCUUGGCAGAACCAGGAUUUGACUGGCCUCCCAUACUGUCAUACUGGUCCUCAUGAUGCCAGGGACUGUGAGCCACAUGCUGGAUACACACAACGCGGCGACAUCAACAUGUGUUACACACAGUUUUCAUCGAUGAAUAUGACCAAAGUGGAAGCUCUUGCCCGUGAGCCAGUCCAUCUACAGAGUGCAGCCCCUUGUCUAAGUGACCAUGAUCUAUCCAAGCUGGUCAGCAUAUCUCCUCUUUUCAAGACCCUGCAUGAGAUCCAGCAGUCAUUACAAAGUCUCUCCACAGCUGAGCCUAGUCAGCGUCUCCACAAUGCUUCAGAGCGUUCUGUCCAGGAAAACCAUGAUGGGCAACUCAUCCCAACUGCACUGGACGACCUCUCACCUCCACACGCUGCUGUUUUCCUUUUCGGUUGCCAGGUGGUGCAGCUACUUGAAAAACGCCCCCUGUUCCCCUCCGUGCUUUUGCUAGUGGCCAAGUCAAUCCCUGUUUCUCCAUCCUCCUCUGAUGAGGCCAUGCUGGCCCAUUGCUCGGGGGACUUCCAUUUUGACGCGACCAAUCAAAUCCUUUAUCUGUCCGAGGCAAAGCUUCAGCACGUGGGGCAUUUUAUCGCCAUCGUCCUGCAGUCCAUGGCCCACAUAGCGUCAGGUCCCAAACCCCAGGGCUUUAUGCGAGCUCUCCAUGAGGCCGUUUCAGCUCUUAGCCUUCAGCUGUUCAAUUUCUCUUUCAAAUGGAGCACAGCAGAGUCAAAAUCCAAUGCUUCAGCGGGGCAGCAUGGUGAAUUGGUUAAAGAAUUUCUCAACACCAGAGUUCCCACUGAGGCACAUUUCACUGAGCACCUGUUAGCUAGCAGACUUGAGAAAUACAAGUAUUUCAAGCUGGAGCAGCUCGUCUCUGACCUCCGGUCAGCCGAGGACACAGGCACAGGUUUGCCACCAAAAGGGACACCGACACAGAUAUCCUGUGUAGAGGAAGAAAUCGACCGCCUGAACGAGUCUUUCUUGCAGCUCAGCAUGCAGCUUCAGAAGAGAGCCCAGAUGAGCAGCUGGCACAAGGAGAGAGAGAGGAGUGCUGGGAACCAUUCUGCGCGGGCUAUGUCGACAAGCAACAAGCCAAGCCUGAGUUGUAAUGGAACAGUGCUGCUGGACCUGAAGAGGCGCUAUGUAUUACAGCGUCUUCGUGAGCUCCAAAUCAUAUUAAGCCACACCAGACAGUGCCAGCGGCAUGGCAGCGAGUCAAAAGAUGGGACGGGAGGCCGUAAACACACAGACAGCAGCAGCAUUCAGCAGGGACAGAGGGAGCAUUACUCUACCGCUGACGGCUGCUGCCCCACUGUCGGCCGGCAGCAGGACGGUAUGCCAGCAGGCCAAAGUCGCCGCCAACAAACCGUACUGAGCGAAGUUCUUGGGAACCAUAAACUUGAGGGUCAUAUAUCUGACCAGCAGUGGAGUGACUCUGUCCAGAGCAACAAGCCUGAGACACGACUGGACUGCCAGAUGCCGGCGAGCCAAGGUCAGCUGCAUUUAAAUGUGCCAGGAAUACCAGAACCUAACGGUCAGAUCACAAUAGAAAAUACAACUGCACAUACAGAUACUGACAACAUGUGGGCCCCUGUCGAUCGGAAACUGGAUCUGAAUAUGGAUAAAUGCUAACAAAACAUUGUUGUUCAUGCGGUUCUCUGACCCUUAUUUUUCAUUGUCCUUUUGUGCUGCUUCGUGUCUACAACACAAAAGCUCAAUUAUCUUUGUACUCUAUAAUAUUCUGUUUUGUUUUUAAUUCGGGAAAUGAUCCGAGCUGUGUUCUUUUUUUAAUUAUCUGUGAUCCCAGACAGAAAUUAUUUCCGGCAACAUGCGGUGGCGUGACACAGUCUGUCAUCUUGUCCAAGCGGUUCCUCAGUCAGGAGUUAAUUCCAGCCUUGAAGACGGGCUCUCUGUUCAUUACCAUAUUCUAAUUAAGACGAUAAACUUCAGCCGACUGAACACAAGGUGCACGCGUCUGUGUUGCUUCCUGCUCACAACUCCCUCUCCGUUGUGUCGAGGUGACGUCCCACAAGUCGUCAUGAGUAUUUGAUAUUAAACAACAGUUAUUAUGUCA